CGGAGGGCGCUGCUCGCCGAGCCCGGAGUCGGCACUCGCAGCCCCAGCGGCAGCAGCGGCGCCUCCUCGGCGGAGAUUCCAAGGAAGCCCUGGCCAUGGGGGCCUCCCCCACUCCAGCAGACAAGGAGGCGGGAAAUUGGCUGUUCCACCCUCUGGCCCGGACCCUCAUCAACUCGGACCUUCACGAUAUCGCUUCUUGAAUAAAAUGCCCCAGAAUCAAGGCAGCGCAAUGCCCAAAGGCUGGUCCUGGGUGCAGAACCACCACCGCCACCUCCUCCUCCUCUCCUUAGCUGUGGCUGUGUCUGCCCAGAGCGACGAGCUGACAGUGAACACUCAGGCAGGACGGCUCCGGGGCACCCGGAUGGCGGUCCUUGAUAGCCACGUCUCUGCAUUCUUGGGCAUUCCCUUUGCCGAGCCCCCAGUGGGCAGGCUGCGGUUCCUGCGCCCUGAACCAAAAAAACCAUGGAGUGGCAUUCGGGAGGCCUCCUCAUACCAACAUGCCUGCUACCAGUUUGUGGACAAGAUGUACCCGGGCUUCCAUGGCACGGAAAUGUGGAACCCCAACCAGGAAAUGAGUGAGGACUGCCUCUACCUGAACAUCUGGGUCCCAUCGCCACGCCCCAAGAACGCCACCGUCCUGGUCUGGAUCUACGGGGGUGGCUUCUACAGCGGGUCUUCCUCGUUGGAUGUCUACGACGGCCGAUUCCUGACUUACACAGAGAAUGUUGUCUUGGUCUCUCUUAGCUACCGCGUUGGUGCUUUUGGAUUCCUGGCCCUCCUAGAGAGCCCGGAGGCUCCUGGCAACGUGGGACUCUUAGACCAGCGUCUAGCCCUGCAGUGGAUCCAAAACAACAUCCACUCCUUUGGGGGCAAUCCAAAACUGAUCACCAUUUUUGGAGAGAGUGCCGGGGCUGCUUCUGUUGGGAUGCAUCUCCUUUCUGCCCAAAGCCGGGACCUCUUCAAGCGUGCAAUUUUGCAAAGUGGGACCCCCAAUGGGCCGUGGGCCACGAUCACUCCGGCGGAGAGCCGGCGCCGUGCCACCCACCUGGCCAAGCUGGUGGGCUGCCAUUCCACCAACGAUUCUGAGAUGGUGAGCUGCCUGCGGACCAAAGAGCCCCAGGAGCUGAUCGACAAGGAGUGGCUUGUCCUGCCCUACGACAGCGUCUUCCGCUUCUCCUUUGUGCCGGUCAUUGAUGGGGAUUUUUUCCCUGACACUGCCGAGGCCAUGCUCAACACCAGGAAUUUCAAGGAGACCCAGAUCCUGCUCGGAGUGGUGAAAGAUGAGGGCAGCUACUUCCUCCUUUACGGGGCACCCGGCUUCAGCAAAGACAACGACAGCCUCAUCAGCCGGGAGGACUUCCUGGACGGCGUGCGAAUUGGGGUGCCUCAGGCCAAUGAGAUCGCAGCGGAGGCUGUGGUGCUGCAGUACACUGACUGGAAGGACGAGAACAACCGCGAGAAGAACCGCGAGGCCAUGGACGACAUCGUGGGGGACCACAACGUCAUCUGCCCCGUCAUGCACUUUGCCGCACGCUACGCCGAGCAUGGUAAUAAAGUCUACGCCUACCUCUUCGACCAUCGAGCCUCCAACCUCAUCUGGCCACUGUGGAUGGGUGUCCCCCAUGGCUACGAAAUCGAAUUUGUCUUUGGCUUGCCACUGAACAGCAGCCUCAACUACACUGAAGAAGAGAAAGAAUUAAGCCGGCGGAUGAUGCGCUACUGGGCCAACUUUGCCCGCACAGGGGACCCCACAGAGCCCUCAGAGAAAGGGCAAGUGUGGCCCCCCUACACCAUGUCGGAGCAAAAGUAUGUCAAACUGAACACGCAGCCGCUGGUGGUGGACCGCAGCCUCCGUGCCCAGAUCUGCGCCUUCUGGAACCGGUUCCUUCCCAAACUGCUCAACGUGACAGAUAACAUUGAGGAGGCCGAGAGGCAGUGGAAAGUGGAGUUCCACCGCUGGAGUUCCUACAUGAUGCACUGGAAGAACCAGUUCGACCACUACUACAGCAAACAGGAGCGCUGCUCAGAGCUGUGAGAGGGGAGCGGAGGGCGGAUGUGCCUGCCACCUUGUCCUGAGUGGCCCCAGGCCACAGAUCCCACUAGCCACCCUGUUCAAAGCAGCCCAACCAAGAACAAAAGGGCACCUGGUCUAGCCAGAACACGAGCCUUCAGCGAAGCUGCCAGCCCUCCACGCCCAGGGCUCAGACCACACGUCCAGGCAGAUGCGAGCAGCCCUGCCCACCAAACUGGCCUCCACUCCCUCUAGCCAAGCAGUCACCAGUCGGGGGCGGGGCCAUCCCUCUUCCAAAGGUCAAGGCCCACUUCCAGCCCCUCUGCCCACAAAUGCAACCCAUCCGCUACCCAAUUCCACCCCCCCCCCAGCACCAGGACUUCCCGAUCCAAAUGUAGCACUUCGACCUCCUCACCAGACUCCUUGCUGUCGUGUUCAUUUCAAGGGAACAGUAAAUCUGUCUCUAUUAACCUCUCUCUCUAGUACUACACCUAUAGUGGAUGGGAUAGAGAGCCAAGGAGCUGCCUCCCGGCUCCUCCCAGACACCAUCCUCUGUGGCUCCCCAGUCCAACGUUGCUUCCACGUGAUCCACGCACGCCGCACCCAAACAUGCCCCUGAACUGCCCCCUCCCCUGCCAACCACCUUGUCCAGAAAGACCUGGCCGGCUCCUAGGGCCGCAGCCACGCCUGCGCUCCACGGUUCCCUGGCAGCCACCACUAGAAUGUACCUUCUGCUGCGUGGUCCAGCUGGCCCCUGGAAGGCCGCAUGCACACCCUCCCGGUGGACCUGCAGCCACCCCGUUUGGGGGAGUGAUCGACACCAACGGGCGCUCUGCUCUGCUCCCCUCCCCCGAUCUGCUCCUCCUCCUCUGCCUGCAUGGCAAUUGUGUGUAGAUCUCCAAGCUGUGUGUGAACUCCUACAUUCAAUAAAGAG